GUGAUUCAGAGUAAGGUAUGACAUUGAGUCAUUGACAGUGGGAGUGAAAUCCAUUAACUCUACGUCAAGAAUCAAAACUCACAUUUGAAACCCUAUAUCAAGAAUCAACAGAAGCAGCAGAAGAUUGUACUCAGCUUUACAAAGGGGCAAAAAAAAAAGAAAGAAGCAGAGAGAUUCAGAGCGAAAUAACCUAAACAACUCCCAAUUAAAAUCCUAAAUUGAAUCAACGCAACCAGAUUAUUGACUUGGAUAAUUACCCUAAUCUUCUAAAGAUGGCGCGUGGUAAGUCUACUGGAGGAAAGGCAUCAAGGAAGAAGCAACUUGCAAUCAAGGCUGCACCAAUCACUGGGGGAGUGAAGAAGCCUCGGCGUACUGCUGCAAGGAUGUGUGAAACCAAGCAGCCAGCUGCAAAGAUAAAUUCCCAUUCGAGAAUCAACUUUAUAAAACACAUGGAAAGCCAAUUGAAGGGUACUCCAUAUCUAAAAGUGUUCGAAGAUAGUUGCUUUGGGCAUCUUAUACACCUGCCAGAGAUCCAGUUGUACGCCAAGGUCGUCUACAAUGUACUGUUGACGAGAAAGUAUCCAUCUAAGAAGGACAAGGAGGAGAAGGAUGCCAUGUCCUUUAAUAUUGGCAAUCAGGAGAUAUGUUUUAGCGAACGAGAGUUUGCAAUGAUGUCGGGAUUGAAGUUUGAGGGGAGUGAAAAGAUAGACUACAAUCCCGAACAAAUACGUCUAAUGAAAGUUCAUUUUCCUGGUCAGCGUACUGUUAAGUUGGAAGACUUGUUAAAGAAAUUCAAUCAACUGAAGAACAGCGAAGACAAAGUAAAGCUAGGCUUGCUUUAUUUCGCUGAAGCUGUAAUUAUGGGCCGGUGCUCAAGGUUGGCUGUAAAUAAAGGUCGUUUCUUCUUAGUUGACAACCUCGAGAAGUUCAAUCGCUAUCCUUGGGGAAAGAUCUCUUACACAAACAAUUAAAUGGCUCAUCUGUCUAUCAGAGAAGAAAAAUGUUUCUAAAUCCAAACACUUACAUGGCAAAGUGGCUCACGAUCUGCAAGGUUUCCCACUUGUUUUUCAGGCUUGGAUUUUUCAUAGUAUACCAGCAUUACAACAAGCAUACACUGAAAAGAAUGAAGAUUGCUCUCAGGCCAUUCACCCUGGUAUCUUGCAUUUCAAAAAGGCUGACGGAGUACCAUGGCAAAAAACAAACCGCAUAGAAUUGAGCAAUGUAAAUAUUAAGAUUUUGUCACCUUUACACCCUACAUUGUAUGAACUAAAAGAAGGCUACAUGGCUGGAUUUCUAAGUGAUGAGGAGGUUUUAGGAGCCAAUGGGCCUCAAAAUGAUUCAGGCAUCCAAGCAUUAAAUGGCGAAGAUAAUGCUCUCGAACAAUGGGAAGAUGAUUCCUGCCCAAUUAAUUCCUUGAAGGCUGAUAAGCAAAAUGGCACCGCUAUGAAAGAAAUUCUAACUUUAUCAGGUGGUGAGGAUCAAGAUGUUGAGUCUCUAGAGAACUUGAAAUUGAAAUUGGGAAGCGAAAUUGAAAUUCUCAAGAAAGAAAGGUCUUCAGUGGAAGGUGAUGUAGGAUUACUCAACAAAAAAAGGGAGGAAUUGGAGACCUAUCAUUAUCAGCUCAUAGAAGAGAAGGCUAUACUAAACAAGGAGAAAUUGAAACUCGGAAGAGAUAUUGAAUCACUGAACAAGAAAAAGACUAAAUUCGGUACUGAUACUGACUUACUUAACAAGGAGAAGGAAAAAUUGCAAAGUGAUUUGCAUGUUCUCAACCAAGAGAAGACUGCAGUGGAGAAUGAUCUCAAGUUACUGUGCGAACAGCAGAAGAAAUUGCAAUGUGAUUUUGAGAUUCUCUACAAAGAGAAGACUAAGUUGGUGAGUGAUACUGAGUUACUCAACAAAGAGAAGACUACAGUGGAAAGUGAUAUCGAAUUACUCAACAACAAGAAAACAACUAUAGGAACUGACAUUGAGUUACUUAGUAGGAAGAAGUCUGUAAUGGAAACUGGUUAUGAAUUUCUCAAAGAUGAGAAGAAUAAGCUAGCAACUAAUUUAGAAUUCACCAACAAAGAGAAGGACAAGUUGCUAAAUGACAUUGAACUUCUGAAUCAGGAGAAGGACAAGUUGCAAUCUGAUGUUGAAUUUCUCAAUGAAGAGAAGGCUACUUUGGGAGCUCAUUCUGAGUUACUUAGCAAGGAGAAGACAAAAUUGCAGAGCGAUUUUGAGUGUCUCAACAAAGAAAAGUCUACGGUGCAAGGUGAUAUUUGUUCGCUCAAUGAAAAGAAGACUAUGGUGCAAAACGAUAUUUGUUCGCUCAAUGCAAACAAGAUUAAAGUACAGGAUGAUAUUUGUUCUCUUAACGAAAAGAAGGCUGCAGCCUCCUUGUUCGCCUAA